CUCUGAAGCGCGCGUGCGUGGAGGGGCGGGACCGGGCGGAAGCGCGGUCCGCACGACCGGGAAUUGCGAGCACAGGGUCGGCACAGCACCGUCUGUCCCACCGGCGGGCCAGCCCGCCCAUGGCGCUGCAGGCGCUGCACAGCUCGGGCGUGGGCCUGCGCAGGAUCCUGGCUCACUUCCCGGAGGACCUGAGUUUGGCCUUCGCCUACGGCUCCGCGGUGUAUCGCCAGGCAGGACCCAGUGCCCACCAGGAGAAUCCCAUGUUAGACUUAGUGUUCACAGUAGACGACCCUGUUGCCUGGCACGCGAUGAACCUGAAGAAGAAUUGGAGCCACUACUCCUUCCUCAAACUCUUGGGGCCCAGGAUCAUCUCCUCCAUCCAGAAUAAUUACGGUGCCGGAGUCUACUUCAACCCCCUGAUCAGGUGUGACGGGAAGGUGUGUGAGUCUCCUGGGGAUCCUGUUAACAUGCAGGUCCAGAUUCAGUUGGUCUGGGAUGGAACCCGAGGUUCUGGAUAUUUGACAAGCCCCAGCUUAUCAAGUACGGGGUUAUUAGCACUGGCACACUGAUUGAGGACCUCCUGAACUGGAAUAACCUAUAUAUCGCCGGACGCCUCCAAAAGCCGGUGAAGAUCGUAUCGAUGAAUGAGAACAUGGCUCUUAGAGCCGCCCUGGAUAAGAACCUGAGGAGUGCCGUGACCACCGCCUGCCUCAUGCUACCUGAAAGCUUCUCCGAGGAAGACCUGUUCAUAGAGAUAGCUGGGCUCUCCUACUCAGGUGACUUCCGCAUGGUGAUUGGCGAGGAAAAAUCAAAAGUGUUGAACAUCGUGAAGCCCAACGUAGGCCAUUUCCGAGAGCUCUAUGAGAGUAUAUUACAGAAGGACCCCCAGGUGGUGUAUAAGAUGCAUCAAGGCCAACUGGAGAUAGAUAAAAGCCCAGAAGGACAGUUCACUCAGCUAAUGACACUGCCCAGAACCCUACAGCAGCAAAUCAAUCACAUCAUGGACCCUCCUGGGAGAAACAGAGACGUGGAAGAGACUCUGCUGCAGGUGGCUCAGGACCCCGACUGUGGAGAUGUGGUGCGACUAGCGAUCUCAUCAAUCGUCAGACCUUCCAGCAUCAGGCAGAGCACUAAAGGCCUUUUUACUGCUGGUAUGAAGAAGUCUGUGAUUUAUAGUUCACGGAAACUGAACAAAAUGUGGAAAGGGUGGAUGAGAAAAGCGUCCUGACUUGACUGAUGUUGUGUUACGUGUAGAUUAUGAAUAAAUGGCUCCAUGCUUUUUUAAGAGUU